AUGGGUGUCGAAGGACUUAGGCGACUUAGGUGUGGAAACAUGGUAAAUGACGAUAAAGGAGAGGGAAGGAGGAACUUUUUGAUAUCUGGACUGAGAAAGGAGGCUAAGGAGGCUUUGGAUGAAGAUUGGAUUGAUCAUCUAGAGCGCUGCCCCAAUAAGAAGGGGGCAGUCGCAUGGUACGACAAUUGUAUGUUGCGCUACUCUGAUCGCUCCUACUUUGGAGUCAUGGAAACUAAUCCACCACUUAUUCUCUCUAACACCCAAAACGUGUCAUCCGAUUCCGGUACUGUGGAGGCAUAUUUCCAAGCUCUUAGGAGCUUGUUAGAUAAUUUGAAAAGCAUAGCUAUGACUGGUGGUUCUCUUCGAAAAUUUUCUGUAGAUAAUGUAACAGCUCCAGGGUUUAAAACCAUAUAUGGACUUAUGCAGUGCACACCUGACCUGUCCCAGAUGGACUGCAACAAUUGUUUGGAUACAUUAUUUGGGAUCAUUCUGGGAUGUUGUAAUGGGAAUUAG